CUAAGAACCAAAGGUCCAAAGGUUUUCCCCAGGGCUCGUAUAAAGCUGCUGUGUUUGUCUGAUCAGAUCUGCAAACCGACCAGCCAUGUCCAAGACCACAGAGCCCCAGAAACCCAGCAGCAAUCAGAGAUGCCCUCAGGCCAAGGGGCUGGAGAGUGUGGGUCCUUUGGUGCACUCUGUGGAGGAAACCCCUGAUCCAAUCCCCACCGACAUCACGGGAACUAUUCCAACUUGGAUCAACGGGAGCUUCCUGAGGAAUGGUCCUGGGAAGUUUGAAUUUGGGAAUGACAGAUACACCCACUGGUUUGACGGCAUGGCCAUGAUGCACCGGUUCCACAUCUGUGAGGGCAAUGUCACCUACAGCAGCAGAUUCCUGCGAAGUGACUCAUACGUCACCAACUCGGAGAAGAACCGCAUCGUGGUGUCAGAGUUCGGGACGUUAGCCAUGCCUGAUCCCUGCAAGAACAUCUUUGCACGCUUCUUUUCACGCUUUCAGAUUCCAAAGGCCACAGAUAACGCCAGUGUGAACUUUGUCAAGUACAAGGGAGACUAUUAUGUCAGCACAGAAACCAACUACAUGAGACGAGUAGAUCCGCAGAGCCUGGAGACGAAGGAGAAGGUGGAUUGGAGUCAGUACAUUGCUGUUAACUCAGCGACAGCUCACCCACACUAUGACCGUGAGGGAGCCACGUACAACAUGGGCAACUCCUACGGAAAAGGAGGUUUCUUCUACAACAUCAUCCGUGUGCCUCCUCCCGAUGAGAAAGCAGCAUCGGCGGACGCUGCAGACCUGAAUGGAGCCAAAGUGAUCUGCUCCAUCCGUGCAGCUGAGCCCAGGAAACCUUCCUAUUAUCACAGCUUUGUCAUGUCGGAGAACUACAUUGUGUUCAUUGAGCAGCCGAUCAAGCUUGACCUGCUGAAGUUCAUGCUGUACAGAAUCCAGGGAAAGAGCUUUCAUAAAGUCAUGACCUGGGAGCCAAAGUAUGAAACCAUCUUCCACUUGGUCAACAGGCACACUGGCAAGGAGAGUGAAGUGAAGUACAGUGCAGCACCGAUGUUCACCCUGCAUCAGAUCAAUGCUUUUGAAGACAACGGCUUCUUGGUUAUGGACAUGUGCUGUGGGGACGAUGGUGCGGUCAUUGGAGACUUCACAAUAGAGAACCUCCGCAGAGAGUCAGGGGAGGAAAUGGACAAGUUUUACAACUCGUUGUGCAGAAACCUCCCAAGGAGAUAUGUCCUACCCCUGGCUGUGGACGAACAAACUCCUCUGGACCAAAACCUUGUCACUCUGCAUAACUGUAAAGCCACGGCAAAGAAGACUAAACUGAAAGAGGUUUACAUGACCCAUGAGGAACUUCACGAUGACGAGCUGCUGCAGUACGGCGGCCUUGAGUUCCCUCAGAUCAACUAUGACCAGUACAAUGGCAGACCUUACCGCUACUUCUACUCCUGCGGCUUUGGACACGUUUUCAGUGACUCCCUGCUCAAAAUGGAUGUCCACACCAAAGAGCUUAAGGUGUGGCGUUAUCCCGGCCUCUUCCCGUCUGAGCCUGUCUUUGUUGCAUCGCCUGAAGCUACUGAGGAAGAUGAUGGAGUGGUCUUGUCAGUCAUUAUCACACCCAGAAAAGAGAACAGUACUUUCCUACUUGUUCUGGAUGCCAAGACCUUCACUGAGCUGGGCAGAGCAGAGGUCCCUGUCAAUAUCCCAUACGGGACUCACGGCGUGUUUAACUUGAUGGGCUAGAGCAGGGGUGUCAGACCUACGGCCCGCGGGCCGAAACCAGCCAGCUAGGGAGUUCCAUCCGGCCCACAGGAAGAAUUUGAAAGUUAAAAAAAUGCAUAAAACACACUCUAUUUACAAUUACAAUUCUACAUUUUUUAAUAAAGGCAAUUCCUCAAAUAUCCGCUAGGGGUGCAUUGUUUUAGUCAGAGUAGAAGAUGCACAACUCUGGGAUUCAAGAAGAAGAACAGCAGAUGUAGCAAUCGUAGCAAUGUUUGUUAAGGUGCAGUCUACUUUCUUCUCGCCAGGUGAUUGCUUUCUUCCUUAUCAAUUUUACAGCACCCUCUUUAGUUUAGCUGUGGGGAGUCAGUUUAGGUUUUAAGAUUUUAUACCCACAUGUGAAAAUGGAGUUAAAAUAAUUCCUAGAUGGUGAUAAAUUGAUUUAAUCUUAAAGUGCAAUACAAUAUUUUUCCGUUCCAAAUGCCUGUGACUUAAAGUUUUGUGCCUGUGUACAAUCACUGUGAUCAGUUGUAAUGCACACAUGUAAAUGAUAAACAGAAGCAGAUUGCACAUGUUUGUCUUAAGAAAUCUGAGCUUGUUUAUGGUAUGUUUUGUUAAAACAUACAUUACCAGUCAACAGUUUGGACUCACCUUCACAUUCAAUGGUUUUUAUUUAGUUUUUAUUUUCAUCAUUGUAGAUUAGUACUGAAAACAUCAAAACUAUGAACGAACACUAUGUAGAAUUAUGUAGUAAGGAAUAGAAACCAGAAUGUGUUUUAUUUUGUAGAUUCUAGCCACCUUUAGCUUUGAUGACAGCUUUAAACACUUCUGUUAUUCUCUCAGUCAGAUUCAUGAGUUGCUCACCUGGAUGGUUUUCAGUUAAAUUGUGGAACAUAUCCUGGUUUAUUUAACACUUUUUGUUUGCUAUAUAAUUCCAUAUGUGUUCCAUCAUACUU